CGGGUAAAGCCUUCUCUCAGUGGCAGCUUACAGGAGGGAAAACAAACCAGAAGUUUUGAGAUACAGAGCAGGAAAGGAGAAGAAAGAAAAGACAGAGCUGUCUUCAAACCGCAUUUUCUCCCAGGCUGCAUGUGGGUUUUAUACAGUCAUGGCAUCAGCAGCUCCAUCAAAAAGGAUGGUGUCUUCUGUCUUCAUCACUCUGGCGUCUCCUCACCAAGCAACUUUGACACAGCAUCAGCCCAUCCUCCAAGCUCACAGUGUCUCGGCCAGAGACAAGCAGCACACCGCUGUACGAGUCAGCCCGAGUGACAACAUCCCCGUCAUCAGACAAAAGAAAGAGGAGUACUCACAGUCUGAGUCUUAUGGCAGUGUAGAGAGCAAAGGUCGGACUCGUAAGGGGUCCUCGACCCGAGUUUCAGACCCUCAGAGCCCAAAACCUGCUCAACCUGGCCCCAGCAGAGGAAAGCUGCAAGACGACGACAGAGGUGCUGCAGAGCUCUUCCCUGCUCCUCCUCCUGCUGCUGCACUGCCUUCAUCUCUAGCAACAUCCUUCUCUGAAGAAUCAGCACUUCCACCACCUCCUCCUGCCCAGACGCCUCCGUCCCACCCUCUGACCCCAGGCAAGCAGCCAGUUUACAACAGAGAGGUGGAAACAAGCACACCAUCUAGUGGGUUAAAACAAGAUGAACAAUCCCAUGGGAACCAUAAAAAUGGCCAAGACACGAGCAGAGAGAGUAGAGAGGUGUGUGGCUUCUGUAGGAAACCCGUGGCUCUUUCUGAACCUGCAAUAGAGGCCUUAAACAGGACUUACCAUGAUGGCUGCUUCCAGUGUAGAUCUUGUCACAUUCCCCUGGCUGGUAAACAGUACUACAACAAGGCAGGAAUUCCACUCUGUGAAGACUGCUACCAGGCCAGUCUGGAACUUUGCUGGGCGUGUGGGGAAGUUAUCACUGAUCAUGUGAUCCGUGCCCUGGAGCGAGCGUACCACCUUUCUUGUUUCACCUGUGCAACAUGUAAACAGCAAAUUGGAGAGCAAGCUUUUGCUCAGGGAGAAGUUGGUGAAGUGUAUUGCCUCCAGGACUAUUACAGGAAGUAUGCUCCAAAGUGUAACGCCUGCAACAAGCUAAUCAUUCCAAAAGAAGAUGGUACUGACAGCUAUAAUGUUCAAUGCCUGGGACGCUCCUACCAUGAGAACUGCUACAGAUGUGAGGUCUGUGUCAUCCAGCUCUCUCCUGAACCAAAUGACCACGGCUGCUAUCCUUUGGAUGGGAAGAUGCUUUGCAAAUCUUGCCAUCUGAACCUGGUCUCAGGCCAGCACUAACACUGGCCUUACAGCCCGGGAUAAACUGAUGAAAAGAUGCCACAAGUCCAGGUUUAAAGAGACGGAAGACUUUGCAUGUGCAUUUAAGACUCUGGAACACAAAUAUCACACAUCUUUUUCUAAUAGAACAAUAAUGAUAUAUGGCUUUUUUAAUUCCCUAAUUAUUAUUUUUUUUACAAUAUAUCAUGCUUUCUGGAGAUCCUCCUUUUAUUCUUUGAUACUUUGGCACUCAAUAAACUACAAAAUACACCAAAUAUAUUUAUGCAACAGCCUUUACAAAACCGUACAGUAAACAUUUUUGCAAAUCUCAAUCAGUAUACUGUUUCUCAAUCACAUUCACCCUUUAUAUAAAACAAAUGUAACUUUAUAUAAAAGUAAACUAAUAUAUUUUUUCUUGAGGCAGACUCCAACAUAACAUUUGUUAAAUUACACAUACGCUAUCAAUAAGUAUUAAAUUGUGAAAAAAAGAUUACAAUUGAACUCACACUUGUAAGAAAACUGAGCUUUUAUAAUUUUUUUAUUUUAUUUUAUAAUUAGCACGAACCCUAAAGCACUCAUUAUGGACCAACACUAGAAGGUGCUUUUUAUGUGAUUACAUUCACAUUUUUAACAUUGUUUUUUUUUGCCUCAACAAUAGAACAAUUCCCACUGAUUUGACAUUACAAUGUUAAAGUCUCAUUCGGAUCCCAGCUGAAUUAUUGUAUUAUUUAUGUUCUGUAUCUCAAAAUGACAUGUUUGUAUAAUUAUAUUUCUUUGUAUCAAAAACAUUUAUUAAAAAAAUAAUUUUGGCUUUUACGUUUCUCUUCAUCCAACUUUUAUUUUACUUUGUAAAUAUUACAAUGGGGGUUUGCGAGCCUCCUAUCUUUUCUGGUCUUUAAA